AUGAGCUCUGGCAACAACGGCUCCCUGAACGCCAAUGAGCGUACAGGACUACUCCGCACACGCCGUGGUUCAUUCUCUGGCCUCGAACCUCACCAGCACAUCGAGCAUGGACAGCACCAUCACCACGCAAAGGAUACCCACGUCUGGGUGUACUGGCCAAGGCACGUCGUCCAUCUGACAUGGAAGACCAUCGUCCGUGACUACGUCAAUGUCCUGCUCAUCUUCGUGCCGUUGGGCAUUAUUGCCGGUGCCCUCGGAUGGGACUCAACCACUGUCUUUAUCCUAAAUUUCUUUGCUAUUGUCCCUCUCGCUUCGCUGCUGAGCUUUGCUACCGAGGAGCUGGCCGCUACUCUGGGCCAGGCCCUUGGUGGGCUGAUGAAUGCCACUUUUGGAAAUGCUGUUGAAUUGAUUGUUAGCAUCAUUGCCCUGAAACAGAACCAGAUUCGCGUCGUCCAAGCCAGCAUGCUGGGCAGCAUCUUGUCUAACAUUUUGCUCGUCCUGGGCUGCUGCUUCUUUGUCGGUGGACUCCGCUACCGCGAACAGUCUUUCAACACCACUGUAGCAUCAACCAUGUCCUCGCUCAUGGCUGUGGCGACCGCAUCGCUUAUCAUCCCUGCCACCCUCUACGCCGCGAUCUCGAAUAACUCCGUCGCCAAGCCCGACGGUACAGGUGAAAUCACGGACCCGGACCGCGCUGCGCAGAAGAAUAUCCUUAUCUUGUCGCACGGCACCGCCAUCAUCCUCCUGGCCAUCUACGUCAUGUACCUCUAUUUCCAACUGGGUUCCCACUCUGAGCUCUUCGAAGAGACGAAUGGCAGCGAUACCGAAAACACCGCUGGUGCUGAGGAGGACGAAGAGGAAGAGGAGCGCAUUCUCAGCCCCUGGGCUGCGGCCGUUGUUCUCGUCGUCGUAACUGUCCUCGUCUCCAUCUGCGCCGAUUACUUGGUUGAUGCUAUUGACCCCCUGGUUAAGACGACUGGUAUGAGCAAGACGUUCAUUGGACUGGUGCUGAUCCCGAUUGUGGGUAAUGCUGCGGAACACGUUACUGCCGUUGUGGUGGCGUACAAGGAUAAGAUGGAUCUCGCAAUUGGAGUCGCUAUUGGCAGUAGCUUGCAGAUUGCGCUGUUUGUCACACCCUUCUUGGUCAUUCUGGGCUGGAUCAUGGGCAUCGAGAUGACUCUGCACUUCCAGACCUUUGAAACUGUUGCUUUCUUCAUUUCUGGGUUGGUCGUGACUCUGCUUAUUCAGGAUGGAAAAUCCAACUACUUGGAGGGUGGUAUGUGUCUCGGUAUGUACAUCAUUCUUGCCUUGGCCUUCUAUGUGUACCCUGAUAGUGUUGCCAACUAA